AGAAGGAGAGGGGGCAGAGGAGAAGGGAAAGAGGGAGAGCAUGCGAGACAGGAAGGAGCGCCUGGAGUCUCUGAAGCACGAAAGAGAUAGCCGAUUACGAAUUUGUCGGGCAACUGUCACCCGGGAGAGCAGCCAGAGAAUUACCAUCACCCCAACUCUGACGUUUCCUACAAGAAGUUAGAGACUUAAGCAGUAUUGACAUCAGAUGGAAAUGGUAUGCUCGAUGCUGUGGGAAAUACUCCUGAGCUGAAGAAGUGCAACUGGAUGUUGUGUGUGUUAAAUACCAGAAGAGCCCAGACCCAGUGGGUAAUAGAGAUGAAAUGUGGAGAGAAUGACUAACGACAAAUCUGUGAAUUUGUUCUCGGGAGUUGCUAAUUUGCCAGCCUGAAGCCACACAUUUCACAAGGAGAAAACGUUUUGCUGCUUCUGAUUUCUCCCCAAACUGGUGCUACCAGAUGCAUGGCUUUCUAUGUGUUGGAACAAAUCAUUCCUAACUGCAGCAUAUCGGGAAAGGGGAAAGGUUGAGGCAACUAACUGGCUGUCUCCAAAUAAGCGGUGAGAUGUAAUGCAUCCUCCAGUCCAUGCACACUUCCUCUUGCAAUUCGUGCAUCCCUCAGUGGAAACCUUUAAACCCUAAAAUCCAGGAAAAGAAAAUAAAUACAUUAUCAUGGACCUGAGGGAUUUUUACCUGUUGGCUGCUCUGAUUGCCUGUUUAAGGCUGGAUUCUGCAAUAGCUCAAGAACUUAUUUACACUAUUAGAGAGGAAUUGCCUGAAAAUGUGCCCAUAGGAAACAUACCAAAGGAUCUGAACAUUUCUCACAUCAAUGCUGCCACAGGGACCAGUGCCAGCCUUGUCUACAGACUGGUUUCUAAAGCUGGGGAUGCCCCUUUGGUGAAAGUAUCCAGCAGUACUGGGGAAAUUUUCACAACCUCCAAUAGAAUAGACAGAGAAAAACUCUGUGCUGGAGCUUCUUAUGCUGAGGAGAAUGAGUGUUUCUUUGAACUUGAGGUGGUGAUCCUCCCCAAUGACUUUUUCAGGCUGAUCAAAAUAAAGAUAAUUGUCAAGGAUACCAAUGAUAAUGCCCCCAUGUUUCCAUCUCCUGUCAUCAAUAUUUCCAUUCCAGAAAACACUUUGAUCAACAGCCGCUUUCCAAUUCCAUCAGCAACAGAUCCUGACACAGGCUUCAAUGGUGUACAGCAUUAUGAAUUGCUAAAUGGGCAGAGUGUUUUUGGACUGGAUAUCGUGGAAACUCCGGAGGGAGAGAAGUGGCCGCAAUUGAUUGUUCAGCAAAACUUGGAUAGAGAACAGAAAGAUACCUAUGUGAUGAAAAUCAAAGUGGAGGAUGGAGGCACUCCACAGAAAUCCAGCACAGCCAUACUGCAGGUCACAGUAAGUGAUGUAAAUGACAACAGGCCAGUGUUUAAAGAGGGUCAAGUGGAGGUGCAUAUUCCAGAGAAUGCUCCUGUAGGUACCUCUGUAAUUCAGCUCCAUGCCACUGAUGCAGAUAUAGGCAGCAAUGCUGAAAUCCGGUACAUUUUUGGUGCCCAGGUCGCCCCUGCAACCAAAAGACUCUUUGCUUUAAAUAAUACUACCGGACUGAUUACAGUUCAGAGGUCCUUAGAUAGAGAAGAGACAGCCAUUCACAAAGUGACAGUGCUGGCUAGUGAUGGCAGCUCCACUCCUGCCCGAGCAACGGUCACCAUCAAUGUCACUGAUGUAAAUGAUAACCCUCCAAACAUAGACCUCAGGUACAUUAUAAGUCCCAUCAAUGGCACUGUGUAUUUAUCUGAGAAAGAUCCUGUCAAUACAAAGAUUGCCCUAAUUACAGUUUCAGAUAAGGACACAGAUGUGAAUGGCAAAGUGAUCUGUUUUAUUGAAAGAGAGGUCCCAUUUCACUUGAAGGCAGUAUAUGACAACCAGUAUUUGUUAGAGACCUCUUCUUUGUUGGACUACGAGGGCACCAAAGAAUUCAGCUUUAAAAUUGUUGCCUCUGAUUCUGGGAAGCCCAGUUUAAAUCAGACUGCCCUGGUAAGGGUUAAGCUUGAGGAUGAAAAUGACAACCCACCAAUUUUCAACCAGCCUGUAAUUGAGCUGUCAGUUUCUGAAAACAACCGACGUGGGUUAUACUUAACAACUAUUAGUGCCACAGAUGAAGACAGUGGGAAAAAUGCAGACAUUGUUUAUCAGCUUGGACCGAAUGCCUCCUUCUUUGAUCUGGACCGAAAGACAGGAGUUUUGACAGCCUCCAGAGUCUUUGACAGAGAAGAACAAGAACGAUUCAUUUUUACAGUAACUGCCAGGGACAAUGGGACCCCUCCCCUCCAAAGCCAGGCGGCUGUGAUAGUUACUGUUCUGGAUGAGAAUGACAAUAGCCCCAAGUUUACUCAUAAUCAUUUUCAAUUUUUUGUGUCUGAGAAUCUUCCAAAGUAUAGUACUGUGGGGGUAAUCACAGUGACAGAUGCAGAUGCUGGAGAGAAUAAAGCUGUGACUCUUUCCAUUCUAAAUGACAAUGAUAAUUUUGUGUUGGAUCCUUAUUCUGGAGUCAUAAAGUCAAAUGUCUCAUUUGAUAGAGAGCAGCAGAGUUCCUACACUUUUGACGUCAAAGCCACUGAUGGGGGACAACCACCUCGUUCCUCUACUGCAAAAGUAACUAUCAAUGUCAUGGAUGUGAAUGACAACAGCCCAGUUGUCAUCUCUCCACCAUCUAAUACUUCCUUUAAGUUGGUGCCUCUCUCAGCCAUCCCUGGCUCUGUGGUAGCAGAAGUUUUUGCAGUGGAUAUCGACACUGGAAUGAACGCAGAACUUAAAUAUACAAUAGUGAGUGGGAACAACAAAGGCUUAUUUCGAAUUGAUCCGGUAACAGGUAACAUCACCCUGGAAGAAAAGCCAGCACCUACCGAUGUGGGUUUGCACCGCUUGGUGGUCAACAUAAGUGAUCUGGGCUACCCCAAGUCUUUGCACACACUUGUGCUUGUAUUUCUUUAUGUUAAUGACACUGCUGGAAAUGCCUCCUAUAUCUAUGACUUGAUCCGCAGGACUAUGGAGACCCCAUUGGACAGGAACAUAGGGGAUAGCAGCCAGCCCUAUCAAAAUGAGGACUAUCUCACCAUCAUGAUUGCCAUUGUUGCAGGGGCCAUGGUGGUCAUUGUUGUGAUCUUCGUCACUGUUCUGGUGCGCUGUCGCCAUGCAUCCAGAUUCAAAGCAGCUCAGAGGAGCAAGCAAGGUGCUGAAUGGAUGUCCCCAAACCAGGAGAAUAAACAAAACAAGAAAAAGAAAAGGAAGAAAAGAAAGUCUCCCAAGAGCUCCCUUUUGAACUUUGUUACUAUUGAAGAGUCCAAACCUGAUGAUGCAGUUCAUGAACCUAUCAAUGGGACAAUAAGCCUGCCAGCUGAGCUGGAGGAGCAAAGUAUAGGAAGAUUUGACUGGGGCCCAGCACCUCCAACAACCUUCAAGCCUAACAGCCCUGACCUGGCCAAGCACUACAAAUCUGCCUCUCCACAGCCUGCUUUUCAUCUCAAACCAGACACUCCAGUUUCUGUGAAAAAGCACCAUGUGAUUCAGGAACUCCCUUUGGACAACACCUUUGUCGGGGGUUGUGACACCCUUUCCAAACGCUCUUCCACUAGUUCAGAUCACUUCAGUGCCUCAGAGUGCAGUUCCCAAGGAGGCUUCAAGACAAAGGGCCCCUUACACACCAGACAGGGGAAUGUCAACACUUGUAAAGAAAAAGAUAUUGACUUGAAGCAAAUGAGUCAGAAGGCCACAUCAAAAGCCAUUCUAUGGUUAAGUGAAAGCUUGAUGAAGAGUGGCUUUUCGACUUAUGAAACAGUAAAUUUGACUUUAUGGACUGGGGAGUUACACAGUUCUUAUCAAAGACAGUGUAACUCACACAGCAAAAGUGACAAUAUUCCUGUCACUCCUCAGAAUUGUCCCAGCUCUGCGGGUUUCCACAUUCAGGAGAAUGAAGAAAACCAUUAUGAGUCGCAGCGCCGUGUUACCUUUCACCUCCCCGACGGCUCCCAGGAAAGCUGCAGUGACAGUGGUCUUGGAGACCACGAGCCGGUGGGUAGUGGAACCCUGAUCUCACACCCUCUUCCUCUGGUUCAGCCACAGGACGAAUUCUACGACCAGGCUUCUCCGGACAAGAGGACCGAGGCAGAUGGCAACUCCGACCCCAACUCUGAUGGGCCCCUGGGUCCCCGAGGAUUAGCUGAGGCAACAGAGAUGUGCACUCAAGAAUGCUUAGUUUUGGGUCACUCUGAUAACUGCUGGAUGCCUCCUGGCUUGGGUCCAUAUCAACACCCGAAAUCUCCUCUCUCAACCUUUGCACCCCAGAAAGAAUGGGUCAAGAAAGACAAGCUUGUGAAUGGGCACACUCUGACCAGAGCCUGGAAAGAAGACAGCAACAGGAAUCAGUUCAAUGACCGUAAGCAGUUUGGCUCCAAUGAAGGCCAUUUCAACAAUGGCAGCCACAUGACAGACAUUCCUCUGGCAAAUCUGAAGUCAUAUAAGCAAGCAGGAGGUGCUAUUGAGAGUCCUAAGGAGCACCAACUCUAAGAUAAGGCUAUAUGGGACCUAAUAACCUUAAUCUAAAUAGACAUGCUAAUACCGUGUGUGUCAGAGCUUUAUGUAUCCAAUAGAUCUCUACAACUAUGCCCCUUAUAGCAGGGAUAUCCAUAACUUUGUGUUAGCACCAUGGAGGAGACAAUGUUUGGCAACUUGAGAGAGAAGAUAGUUCUACUAGCCAUGUGAUCUUGUUUACUAGAAUUAAUUAAGCUCUCCAGAGAUCUCUCCAUUGUGCAAUUUAUUUUAUUAUUGCAUUUUAUUUUGACCCUGGACUGCUGCUAUGAACAAUAGAAUAUGCAUUUGGAGAGUAAGAAAGUUUCAUGGAUUAGAGUGACUGACAAACAUAUCUUUAGAAAAUUGUGCUUUUUUUGUCAUUGAUUUAUGCUGGGACCGCUAUACUUGACAUUAUACUUCAAACAAAACUUAAAAAGAUAAGCAUUAAACCUAUUGUGCUGUUAACAACGUUAGUGAACACUUGUAAGUCAAUCAGUGUUAAAGUAUUUGUAAAUAGAAGCAAGUUAUUAUUAACAACUUUUGUGUACUUAUAGCGUUCACCUAAAACUGUUGUAGCAUAAUUCUGUGUUUAUGGUUGCUUCUUUCCCUUUUUAUUCAAUUUACCUCUUUAUUGUUAUUUUUGUUGUUUCUUUUAGUGAGGUGUUUCUGCGUUAGUAGUCUGUCUUGACACACAUCAUUCAAAGGAUCUUAAACGCUUGUGUUUAAAAAUGGUUCUGAAAUCUGAUUCAUUUAAUGGUAUCUUAUGAUGUCGGAAUUCUGUAAAAGAAUAAAGAUAUAAGGAAAAAAUAAGAACUUUAUACAAAAAAGAGGAGUUCUGCAAAAGCUUGGAUAUUCAGAACCUAUUUUUUUUAUAUCCUUAUUUUCAAAGUAGGCAAAAGCAAAAAUCACUUUAUUAGUACUAUUAAGUGAGAGAGUAAUGGGAAAGUGUUAUUCGUCAAAAGUGAUAUAAUAUCCUGUACUUGUCACUCAUGCAAAACUAAUGUAUCAAAAUUAGCAUAUAUUGAAGAAAAAUCACUAUUCAAAAAUAGUUUCAAUUUGGCAAAUGUGUGUCUACAACUUUGUUGAAAUGACAGAGUUUGUGUUGAUCCUCAUAUACAAUACUGUUGUUGUAACACAAGUGUUAUUAGACCAUAGCCACAAAAUAUUUAAUGUGUUGUGCCUUCAUGAUGUAACAGAACAUUCUCCAGGUAGGGUAGUUGGGGGAAAUAAAGGGAUAAAUCUCUAAUUAUUGCUGUUUAACUGUUUGUUAUCAUAGUUGGUCAAUGCCUGGCAGGUACCAGCAUUUUGUCACUUAGGUCAAACCAACACAGUGACAACUAAUGUUAAUAAGAUCUCAGUUGCACGUGCAAACAAUCCAAAUUUGAACAUUCUUAGGAGGUUUUUGUUAAGGCAUGACAGAUGAUUUAAACAAAUAAAUAGCAUGCAACAAAAUGUCUUUAUUGAAAGAAGUGAAAGUUAUCUUAAUGCCACGGUUCACCAUCAGUUUAAAAGUAAAAAAAAUAAAUAAAACAAAAAAAAUUUAAAAAAAAGGUUUGCUAAUCUGAUAGUUAAUUUGUUCUUACCAAAAAUAAAAUUACUUUGUAAAUAGCAGUUCACAUUUUUCCACAAUAUAAUGGAAAAUAAUGGGUAGGGGUGCAUUGCUUAUUGAAGUACAUUUUUGUCGGUUUGUGAGGGGUGUUUGAUGACUUUGACAGAAUAAAUAUCUAAACAAUUAUCCUUGUUACUGCUUUGCCAGUUCUACGUUAUUUACAAUUAUUCAGCUCUUGCAAUAAAUGUUCUGAAU